AUCAUCAGUCUCCUUUUAUUCGUCGGUUCGUUCGGUUGGUUGUGCGGUGUUCGUGCUUUACGAUAAACCAAAUCGCCUCCCUUAUCCCGAUAGGAGAAGUGUACACUUGAGCAGUCUGUUUACUGUACAUACAUACAUACAUCUCUACUGUCUGGAGGACGAAAACAAAGUUGAUCCGGCUCAUAUUGUCAAUGAAUUCGAAUUGCUGAAGGAAGAAUUUUUUUUUUCCGUCAAAGUUAAUCAUUGCAGCGUUCUGCAGCUUGUGUGAAAUGAAAAAUCCUUUCGAAUGCUAGUGUAAACAGAGUGGGUAUUGCAUUGUCCGAUGCUCUACACAUGUCUUCGAAUAGUGCUCGACGGUGCAAUUCUGUAGCGUUCUGUGUGUGUUUUUGUCAAAAUGUAUUUCAAGUCGUGCAUUAGCCGAAAGAUAGUGAUUGGAUUGAUUUGUUUUCUUGUGCAAAUUGGCCAUGGGAUAAGCCAGCUGGUGAUAAACGUACAAAAUCAGGGAGGCGAGGUAGUGCAGGAGACAAUAACGUCCAGCGUGGGUGACGAUACGUGCACGCUGGAAUUUCAGCGAAGUGACGGAACACUGAUUACCAAACUAAUCGACUUCCGAAGCGAAGUUCAAGUGCUGAAAGCCCUGGUACUGGGAGAGGAAGAACGUGGCCAGAGUCAAUAUCAAGUUAUGUGCUUCGUGACUAAAUUCCAGAAGGGGGAUUUCAUCACAGCCGAUGCGAUGGCCAAAUUGCGACAGAAAAAUCCCAGCACCAUCCGGACGCCGGAGGAGGACCGCGGUAAGGAAAAUUACACGAUGACGGGCUGGGUGCAGCUGGAGCGAUCAUCACCCAUCUCCCGCCACAUAGCACCGCUGUGUUCAGAGGCUCAGGAUUCGACGUAUGCCCGGGACGUCGACCUGAAGGCGUGGGCCGAACUGCCAGGUUCAUCCAUCUCGAUUCUGGAAUCAGCAGUCAAACCGUUCCCCUCGGUAACGACCGGGAGUCCACCGUCGCGCUGCAGUGACGUGUCCGCCAUUUGGGCUCCGUGCAUCUGCACCCUGGAGAUGUGCAUCGGUUGGUACCCAUGUGGGCUGAAGUACUGCAAGGGAAAACCGGACAGUAAUCAGCUGCUGAAUGGCGGUGGUGGAAGUUCCAGCUACCGCUGUGGCAUCAAGACUUGCCGCAAGUGCCAUCAAUACUCGUACUACGUACGGGAAAAGCAGCAGUGCCUGUGGGAUGAAUGACCGCAAGUGGGCCACGGGGAGCAAUGCGAUCAAACCAACGACGAUUAUCAUCACCACCAACACCAUCAACUACCGGAGCAAUGCCAUCGAAAAGAUGGCAACGGUAAGCCACCGGAAACCGGGACGUGCACCGGCAGCGGCGGCUUCCACAAUCGAACAACGAGGUCAGCAACAUCGUCUAGAUGCGACAUUCACACUGUUAAACACAAAUCACUGGCAGCGACAGGGACAACUUCGAGUAGUAACGAUAGAGAUAGGACAAGUUAUAGUAAGAGUAAUAAUAGAACCACAACUAGUAUUAGGAGAUGGUCGGUAACAGCGGCAACCGAAACAAUCAGUGAAUUUAGUUUUUUACUCCAUGAUUAUAUGCCGGGAAUGCUCAAUCGCAACCGUCUGCGGUUCUUCCGCCGGCAAACCGACGGUAGACGACGGGUGGCAAUCAAAGCAGAACCAGAUCCUGUAACUCGUCUAACGGAUGUAGAAAUGUGUUUCGAGUUGAAUGAAAUUAUUUUAUAACACAAA